CCCGCCCUCCCGCCGGGGUGACGCGGAUCCGGAGCGGGCGGGCUGGCGUGCGGGCUGGGACAGCCAUGGCGGACACACUGAGCCAGCUGUACCUCGGGGCGGGGCUGACGGUCCUGUCGCACCCGCUCAUGUACGUCAAGGUGCUCAUUCAGGUUGGUCAUGAACCCUUGGCUCCUUCUAUGGGCCGUAACAUCUUUGGCCGGCCAGUUCUCCAGCUGCCUGGACUCUUUGCUUACGCCAAACAUAUUGUGAAAAUUGAUGGAAAGCGAGGCCUGUUUAAAGGCCUAACUUCCCGGCUGUGUGCAGGAGCCAUCGGGACAGUCGUACAUAGCAAGGUGCUGCAGAGCUAUCGAAACAUGAAAAAUAGUGAGUGCUCAGAAUUGGGAAAAAAUGCAGAUCCUUCAUCGUUGUAUCAUGUGUUUGAAGAGACAACACGGGAGAUGAUUGCUCGCUCCACAGCUACUCUUGUCACCCACCCCUUCCACGUGAUCACCUUGAGGUGUAUGAUACAGUUCAUUGGGCGAGAAACCAAGUACAGUGGGAUAUUCAAUUCAGUAGUAACAAUCUAUCGGGAAGAAGGAAUUUUAGGCUUCCUUGCUGGCCUGAUUCCUCGACUCCUGGGCGACGUGAUUUCUUUGUGGCUUUGCAAUUUGUUAGCAUAUUUUAUCAACACCUACAUUCUGGAGCCUCCCAGCCAGGUCUCUCAGAUUGGGGAGUUGAGAAGUUACUCACAGGCUAUAACUGGGUUCCUGGCCAGUAUGCUGACCUACCCCUUUGUCCUUGUCUCCAAUCUGAUGGCAGUCAACAAUUGUGGUCUGGUUGGUGGUCUCCCUCCCUAUGCUGCCGUGUACAGUUCAUGGAUUAACUGUUGGCGCCAGUUGAGCAGAGAGGGGAAUAUGAGCCGAGGAAACAGUCUGUUUUUCCGGAAGGCUCCAGCUGGGCGGAUGUAUGCACUUGACCAGAAACGAUUUGUGUAGAUGCAUGUGGCUUGGAGCUGUGAUUGGGAAAGGUUGGGGUUGUGGGCGAAGAUGGUGGGGGGAGGGGGGGGGGGGUUGGGGAAUGUGGGACCUGAUUUGUAUGAUUUUGUUUACAAUGACGUACCUGCAGUUUUUAAUGAUGUAUUGUUGAUCCACACUGGCACAAUGUGUUUUAUGAUGGAAUCAGAUGGUCUGAUUGAAAAGGGAAAUAGUUUUAUUUUAAUUCCCUUGAUGUUAACCAGGGAUUAGCAUGAGUGACCUUUGUGAGGUAUGACAGGGUGUGCCAUGCCGUUGGGAAUGAGGCACUCAGCCAAGAUGGCAGCACCAUUCUAUAUAAAAUAACAAGACGGCAUGGGACAGGGAAGGGAGUUCUGUGGCACGCUUCCCCUACUUUUGCUAUUUCAAUGGUGACUGUUUAAUGGAGACAGGAUCUCCAAAGGUUUAUGUGCUGGAGUGAUUCUCUUUCUCACUCUCUCUCUCCACAAUUCUACUCCUCACCAGGAGAGGGGACAGUACUGAAGACAUUAACACUUCAUCUCUUUGUCCAUGUGUCAGCUUAGUGGACCUCCGAGGAGAGCAGCUAAGCCUGAUCCUGUCCAGGAUGUGCUGCAUCAUGGUUUUGUACUUGGUCCCCAACUCAAUGGUGCACUGAAGUAUAACCUGCAAGUAGCUAAAUUGGCGAUGACCAUGGAUCUCAGCAUGCUACGUGGCAUUGCAUGUACCGUAUAGACCCACACGGAGAGGCAGACAUGGGUUCCUCAAUUCUAUUUAUAAUUUAGUUUUAUGUUCCUAUAAUCUUGAAACCGAAAUUCCAGUCAGCUGACACCAGAUGGAGAGUUGGCUGGUGUGAAUGUUUCCAUACCUGGUGCUUCAACCCCUGGGACAGCUCUUGUCUCCAGUGACUGUCCCCACCAGCAGUGAGAAGUGGCAUACAGCCCCAGUGCUGCACUCGUGUCUCUCUAACUGAGGUGCCAGUUAACAACAGACCUGUCAGACUAGGGUGCAUUAACUGCCAUGUGUUGAUCUGUUCAUAAAGCAGGUUUGUGCGCUCUGAGUUUUCCAACAUUGUAUGAUACGCUAAUAGUGGCUCCUGUCCAGGCUAUACAGAGUGUUGUCAAACACUAAACCACUUUGCUUGUACCAUAUGUGUUAUUCAGUUAAGCCCAAUUCAGAAGAUCUGUGUCUUGAACCGAUUAAAAUGAUUGACUACAAUACAAAGAGAUGAUUUCAACCUCUUCUCAACCCAAAUUUAGAGGUAUGUAAUUCCCUCCACUAUAUUCUGCAUUGAUUACUGCACAGGCUAUCUAUCACUCACCAUCUUCUGCACGCAAUGUACAAGAGGUUAAAGUUAAUAUAAUGGUUCAUUCCAAAUCAAUGUUAGAUAUAGUGUGGAGCAGAUCAAGUCUGCCACCUCCAUGAAGGGAAAAAUCAGGAAGGGUAUAUCUAUGGGCGACUUCCACAACCCAAUACAUGUUAAGAAACCUGUGUGGUUUUGAAGUGAAAGUAAUGUAAUUCAACAGGUUCAGCAAUGUGGGGAACUAGGAGUUAUUGCAAACGGGAUUUAAAUAAGGCUAAGAAUUAUACAAGACAAAUGAAUGGUUCUCCGUCCCCUUUUUGUCAGUUCACCUGUUCUGGAAUUUAAGGUUGGACAAAGUCAGCAUCUUGACAUAACUACUUAACAGUCUUAUGAUACUGUUAAGUGAAUUAGAGGAUACAUCUCAGAGUAUCAGAAUAAGUGAUUAGAAGGCAGCACGCAUGCAGCGCAAGUAGUUAAAACCCGCAUGUACAGAUUAAUUAUAAUUUUAAAUGGCUUUGCUAAGAAAUUGAAAGUGAACUAGAGGAAUGGCCACAGCAGUGGCCCUGGGGGUUGUUCUGAUCAUAGACUGAUCUGUCACACACAAUUGAGUGGACCACUAUUACUGUGCCUGACACUGAGGGGAUCCCUGACUUUGUUGGAUGGGCAUGAGAAUAAAGAAUAAUUUACAAAUUC